AUGGCGGCCUACGUAGUCAUGUCAGGCACCGGCGACUUCGAACUGCCGGCGCGCAAGAAACCAAAGGUAUCAGAACUUCCACUAUCCUCUGCACAACGAGCAUCCAUCGAUGGGAUGCUGCAUACGUUUAAGAAGAAGGGCGAAUUCGACGCGUUGCGAAAGAAGGCAUUCCAGCAAUACAAUGAAAGCGCUCAGCGGGGCAUGUUCGAGGCGGCGUUGCGAACCUUUACUUCGAAUGAGAUCGAGCGCGACCCGAUCAAGUAUCUCAAGCCCGACAGGCGCAUGGGUGCACCACUGCUGGAAGGAGCGGCGGCGAGAGGCGACGUCUAUAAGAGGACGGCAGCUGAUAUCGACGCGUACAUCGAUCAGUACUUGGCUAGUGCGGAGGGCGCGUUGCGCGAGAUCAGGCGCAAGGACAUUGGAGAGGAGGCAGCAGAGGAGGAGAUGCAGCGAGGAUGCAAAAGCGAUGAGGCAUAUGCUGCGGAAGCUGAUGUACGUCGCGCUGACCGUGCAAAGCAGCACGUAGAACAGGAGAAGCUGCGCAAAAAGAAGGAGGCUCAGGAGCGGAAGAAGAAAGAAUUUGAGGCGUUGAAGAAGAAGCAGGAGGAGUUGAUGAAGGAGACGGAGAGGCUGCAGCGCGAGCAGAAGCGGCGUGCUGAGCGCGAAGCUUGGAAGGCGGCUGAGAAGCAGCGUGAGAGAGAUCGCAUACAGAAGUUCAACGAGGAGCGAGAGAAGCAGAAGAAGGAGGUCGAGGAGCGCGAGAAGGCCGCGAAAGAGGAGAAGGAUCGCCGAGCCAAGGAGCGUGCAGAUCGCGAGCAGAAGCGGCUUGAACAGGAGGCACUGGAUCUGCUAUUGAGAGAGGGCGAGAAGAUGGCUGAGAAAGGCAAGAGACCAGAGUUGGAGAGAAGUGAGAGUAUGGAGCCACCACCGCGACUGCUCAAGCACCAAUCCGCACGAAAUAGUCUUUCUCGAGACGAGAUGAGGGCGCAGGGUCUGAUGCCGACGAGCAUGACAUUACGCAAAGGCGAUAAGCCAAUAUCAGCACCUACAGGACCGAGAGCAGAUUCUACACCACGAGGUCCAGCAGCUGAUGAAGAUCGCCGCGCUCGAGCUUCACGUCCUUCUAGACGCUCGCCGACACCACCCCGGUCGAGUGCUACCUCUCGCCGCCUGCGUGACCCAUCGCCUGAGGAUGAUCGACGUGCGGUUCGUCGUGAUGGAAGCAGGCGCGAGACGCUGUAUCGUGACAUUAGUGCCGAGCGUGAAGCGUGGAAAGCUCGUCAACAGCAGCGUCAGCAGCCACGCGAGGCCGCCGGUGAGGAAGGUGAGGUCGUGGAAGGUCCGCCACGAGAGCCACGGGGCGCUGCUCGUGUGGCGAGGAGUCGGUCGAGGGAUACCAAUGCUCACUCUUACCGUCCUGCUAGGCGAGGCUCGAGAAGUCGAUCGCCGCCUAGAAGGCGGUACCGUGCUGAUUCGAGAAGUCGUUCGCCACCGAGAUACGGUCGACGCCGUGACGACAGCCCGCCUCGACGGAGGGAGAGGACGCCAGACCGCAGGCAGAGGAGCAGAAGUCCGCCAGGUAUCGACCGGUAUGUACCUGGCGGUGGCGGCGGGGCUGCUGCUCCCGUCAGGAGAACUGUCAGAGACGACGACGAGCGGCCAGCCCGCAGAAGAGAUGAAGACCUCGCUCCUCGUCGACGUGUAGAUGAAGACGACAGGGAUGACCGUCGCAGGCGCGAGUCAAGAUACGAUGAUCGUUCUAAAGACACAGCCAUCGAUCGGUAUAUUCCCGGUAGUAGUCAGCGAACGGAAGACUCAUCGGACAAACCUCGUGCGAGACGUGAAAGGAGUCAAAGCCGGGAGAGGGUUCGUGAGCGCAGUCGCGAGGCUACCAAGGACAGGCCACAAGAGAGGGAGCGCGAGAGGGAGAGGAUCCCAACUGGCCCUAGGGAGUCGCCCAGAGAGUCUAAAAAAGAUGGGCAGGUUGUGCAGGAGGUCGAGAAGGAUGAGGCGAAAGCUGGGUGA